AUAUAAAAAAACAUAAUUCAAAACUAAAUUAUGCAAGUACACCAUGUUCAAGCCCAAUCUUAUUUCCAUACACUUGCAAGCUUCGGCUGGGAUGAUUUUCAACAUUACUCUUUAUUACCUCAAUGGCGCGUUUCUCAAGCGUAUUUUUGAGUUUCGAAAAGGUAGCAAAAUCUGGCGGAUACGAUGGCCGAGCAAUGACUUUCGUUCCGUGUUUGAUUAAAAAAAAAUCAGUCACAAUCACACCAGGGAAUAAUGCGGAUAAACUUAAUUUUCCACCGACUUCGACGUGGUUUUUUUCGUAUUAAACACGCUUUUUACGCUACGACUACACAAUUACACUGUCUGACGCGAGUUUCGAUAACUUCAGAGACUAACUUUACCUUCGUUAUUAAUAAACAAACACUAAUUGAGAGUCAAACUUUUGAAAAAUAUCAAUGCGUCUUGGUUUCGCCAUCACAUUUAAAGUCUAAAUUCAUUUACUUAAGACCCUCUUUUAUUUUAAAAUGUUAUGUUACGCCAAUGGAAUUGUAAGUCGAAUCAAAUUUGAGUGUAGUUUUAAAUAGGUGCUGUAAUUAGAAGAUUCGUUUUCAUUUUUAUUUGGUUAGUACUUGAGACUAUAAAUUGAUGAAUUUUUAACAUUUGAAAGAAAUAACAACAAUGGAAUUUGUUUUCAAGGAUGAAAAUGACGUUACCAAUAAUAUCCAAAUAUAUUCUUCGAGAGUAUCUACACCACUACCAAAACAAAGAAGUUUUCUUAAACAUGACGACACUCAAUAUGAAAAAUUUUGUGACUACCUGAAUAAACCACAAGCCAAAUUGAAAAUAUUAUUACCUCAUAAGUAUGGAUCUAGAAUAGGAUUAAGAAAAUUCGAUUUUCAAAAAAUUGAUGAAGUCUCAAGAAAAAAUGCAUAUAAAUGCGUAUAUUCCGAAAGAUCUACCAAAAUUUUGGGACAUACCGAAAUAUUUCCUAAAAGGCGUUUGUAUACCAAGGAUAUUCCAGGGGUAGAUGAAAAUGUACAAGAUGGUGAUAGAAAAACCAAAUACAAGCGAAAGUGGAAAGGUGCUGUAGAAAAAAGCAGGAAACAAUUAUCACAAAUUGUGAAUAUAUUUGACAGGAAAUCAAAAACAAAAUUAAAACCGGAAAAUAUGGAAAAAUAUGUUAAACUUUUUGAUAUAAAAAUUCAUGAAUAAGUACACAUUUAUUUUGAAUGCGAUUUGAUGCUUCGUAAUAUCGAAGAUAUAAUUUUGUAUAUUAUUUUUAUGUUUUCUGUUAUUUUUAGUGAUAUGGGUUGAAAAUUUUUUAUAUAAUGCAAGUUUAGUUGCAUUUACAAAAUCUAAACAAUUUUGUGUCGUUGGAAUCAGUUUACUACGACUUUACAAACAUUACACUCUCUGGUCCUUCAAGUCUGGUUCGUAUCCGGCUAGAAGGACCAGUACAAUAGUGAAUUUUUAUACUUCCACUGUUGGCUACGAUUAUAGAAACACUAUAUUAGAGCUUGGUUCAUUUCCGGCUCGAAAUACCAGUACAAUAGUGAAUGUUUCUAUUUUCAUUGUUUACUACGACUUUACAAAUACUAUACAGUCUGGUUAUUCGAGCCUGGUUCAUACCCGGCUCGAAGGACCAGUACAAAGUGAAUGUUUAUGUACUAGUGUAAAUAUUAAAAUUUAUAUAGAUGCAUUUUGGACAAAUGAAAUUUAAUCAUGAUAAUGAAAUGACAAAUAGUAUACUCAAGUUGUCAAUGCUAAUUAUUGUGCUGGACGCAAUAUAUAAGUACAUUAAAGAAAUUGUUAUUAGAAAAACAUAAUUUAUACAAGAUAUUAUUGUUUAUCAUUUAUUUAUUUAUUAGGUUGACUAUAUAUAUCAUUGUUAUAUUUUAAAAUAAAUAUUUAUAAAUAUA